CUGGAAACUUUUACACACGUGCUGGUCUCCCGCAGUUUUCGUCGCUCGAUUCGGAGUGCUCGAUGUAGCUUGUUGUGUCCGCUUUCGCGGAAAAGGGCUUCGCAGAAGGAGCGAGGGUGACCGUGAACUGGAACUUCCAGUCGGGACAGCUUGCGUUCCGGUGUGUAAGACGAUCGGGAUGUUUCUGUCGUUCGCCGGCAUCUUGGCAACGUGUGUUUACAUCCUGUGCAGCGGAGUCGACGCAGGCCCAAGCGGAAUAAUCUUCGAAGACGAAGACAAACCCAUCUGUCCCCCUCAUCUUCCAGCUUGCGUAGAAGUUUCUCAAUGUCCAUCCGCCAUCCGCGCCAUUCGUCGUGGCCAGCACCCAACCACCUGCGACUGGAUUGGUACUACUCCGCUUGUGUGCUGCUCCAACGAUGUUCCUGCAGCAGGUAGCGGCAGUACUGCAGUACCAAGCACGGAAGGUGCGAUAAAUCGGGAAGCUGUUCCUUCUUCACCUCCACCGAUUACAACCACGGAAGAGACGGAGGAAACGCAGCAGGAAGGUGCUCCUGUUGCGGAGGAGACCCCAGGGGUGAAUAGAGCAGCAUCACCCGACGCUAGUCGAGAGACCACGCAGCCAAGGAAUCCUGACGUCACCGAUAGUAUAUCAGUCUGUGGCGUCCGUCCAGGAGAAGGCUUCUCCAAAGGACCUCCAAGAAAUGAAAGGACUGUACUCGGUCGGAUAGAGUCUCGCAGGGGGCUCUUGCAAAGAAAGUCCGCAAGAGAACCGUACGCUUCCAGGCUGAAUAGACAAAGAGUCAGCAACGAUAUACAUGACAACUGGCCUUGGGUGGUUUUCCUGGAAGAUAGCCGUGAGACAGCCAGACGGUGUGCUGGUGUUCUCUUAGAUAAACGACACGUUCUCACAGCGGCCCAAUGCCUGGGAACGGAUUUCAGGGACAACACUGUGGUAAGGGUGAACCUGCCCGGUGAGUCGUCGGUGCGGCGAUUGCUAGGUGGUGCAAUGCACCCCGUCUACAAGUAUCCUGAUGGAUACGGUGACGUGGCCGUGCUGGAGUUUACGCCCCCUCUUCGCCCCAACCAGCUCCCACCCAUCUGUCUGCCCAAAGUGAUCUCUGAACGACGUAGCUUCCAUGGACGACUGCUCACCGUCGUUGAUGGCGAUGAACCAGGGUCCAUGACGGAACGCAAAUACCGAGUGAUCCAGAUGGACCGGUGCAACGCCACUUACACCGGUGUCGCCCUUUCUCCCUUUCCCAAUGGCAUCGAUGACGAAGACUUCCUUUGUGCCCAGCCGGAUCGAAAUGCAAGCAACCAGUGCAACGGUGUUCCAGGAAGUCCCAUAAUGGUACGGGAACGUGGCGCAUGGACAGUGGUCGGCAUCUACAGCUUCGGGGUCGGCUGCGGUGGCUCAUCCAAUUAUCCCACCGUAUUCACGAAGAUUACUCCGUUCGUCACGUGGAUCCACGAGUAUUUGGGACUAUAACAUCAACGCCCGUUGUCCUCCUGUGAUACAAUUUACAUGUGCCAAGAUAUUUUACUGCAACAAUGAUCCGUUGCUGUCACAGCGUUUUCGCCAUGCCGACUGCAUGCUUGGACAGACUUGUUUAUGGCAUGUCGAAUUGAAAUAGCAAAAUCUGCAAGCUCUA